AGACAAUGAUAUAACUUGGUAAAACUAUAAUUCUAGUUAUGCAAAGUUAUACUAUUAUCAAAGUAAAAUUUGGUAUAACUAAAUUUAUACUAAGUUAUAGCUGAUAUAAUUUAGUAUACUAAGCUUUAUCUCGAUGACUAAAGUCUAAAUUUUGAAAAUUUUAGUUGGAAGAAAAGGAGGAGGAAAACCAUAAGGAUAAUAUUAGAAUAUUAUUAUUUUAUUAAGAAUAUGAGAGUGUAUUGAUUUAAAAAGAAUAAAUGUGGUUAACUUUUUCUUAUUAAGAGCAUUUGAGAUUGCUAUCCACAUUUCAGUCAAUGUGUUUUUUUUUUGUAUGAAAGGUUGUUAUUAGAUAGCUAUUGCCAUUAGAAUAACAGUUAAAUUAAAUUAUGUGUAUCAUAAUUGCCGACAAAAGAAAAAGAAAAAAUCAAAAAAGACUAUUAAUAACUAAGGUUGUCGUAAGAGAAUCCGUACCACGUGUUUCACCGGCUUCGUGUUCCUUUUUAAGAUUUUCUUUCUUCCUGUUAUAAAGUCUGAUCUCUGAUAGAGAGAGAACCAACAGAAGCAAAUAAGAAAAGAAAACAGAGGAAAAAUGAGUAGCUCCGGUACGCAGCUUCACAAUGUUUUUGUCUACGGUAGCUUUCAGGAGCCUGACGUCACUUAUGUCAUGCUUGAACGUACUCCUGAAAGUAUCUCUGCCACACUCCCUGGCUUUACGAGGAAGAGGCUUAAAGGAUGUUUGUAUCCAUGUAUUGUGCCGUCUGAGGAAGGAGAAGUCCAUGGAAAGGUAAUAAUGGGGUUAACGGAUGAAGAACUUAGGAACUUAGAUGCAGUUGAGGGUAAUGAAUUUGAGAGAGUGACAGUUGGUGUUGUACGAGAGGACAACUCGGAGAAGAUGCCUGUCAAAACAUAUAUAUGGAUCAAUAAGAAUGAUCCUGAUCUUGAUGGAGAAUGGGAUUUCGAGGAAUGGAAAAGACUACACAAGAAGAAAUUCAUAGAGACUUUCAAAGAAAUCAUGGAAUGGAUGAAGGAUCCUCAGGGAAAGGGACGGGAUACAUUCAGCCAUGCCCUCCGCGAAGAUCAAGUGAAUCAAUCGUCUUGAAUAUAUUGUGUAUGUUGAGUAUGUCCUAUACAUCACCUUUGUUUCCAAAUUCCGAAUAAAACAAAAGGUACUGUGAAGAUCAGUGAAAAAAUAGUAAUGAUGACAUGGGGUAGUGUAAGAUUGAUCAUGGGGGUGUGGUAUUAUUCUGUUACACGUCUUUUAGAGAUUUUGGCAUAUAUAUGUAUGUGUUGUGUAUGGUCUCGUUGAUGCUAAUGCUUAUGGCUUCUAUAAUUACAUUUGAUAA